UUCAUUCCAGCGACGCUGGAGAGGUUCGUUAGUAAAUACGUCAUUGCGGUGCGCCCUCGCUCUUCCUUUCUCUCGUCCUGAAGAUGGCGGCAGGGACUCUCUACACAUACCCAGAGAACUGGCGGGCCUUCAAGGCUCAGAUUGCAGCCCAGUACAGUGGGGCUCGCCUCAAGGUGGCCAGCAACGCCCCCGCCUUCACCUUCGGGCAGACAAACCGUACCCCAGCCUUCCUUAACAACUUUCCCCUGGGCAAGGUUCCAGCGUUUCAGGGAGAUGACGGCUUCUGUCUGUUUGAGAGUAAUGCCAUUGCUCACUACCUGAGCAAUGAUGCUUUGCGUGGUGCCAGCCCCCAGGCUGCUGCCCAGGUGCUGCAGUGGGUCAGCUUUGCUGAUGCUGAGAUCAUCCCUCCCGCUAGUGCAUGGGUCUUCCCCACCCUGGGAAUUAUGCAGUUCAACAAGCAGGCCACAGAGCAGGCCAAGGAGGAGGUGAAGAAGGUGCUGUCACUCCUGAACCAGCACCUGAACACCCGUACCUUCCUGGUGGGGGAGAGAAUCACCCUGGCAGACAUUAGUGUGGCCUGCUCCAUGCUCUGGCUCUACAAACAGGUCCUGGAGCCAUCCUUCGUUCAGCCAUAUUCCAAUGUGACUCGUUGGUUUGUCACCUGCAUCAACCAGCCCCAGUUCAAGGCUGUGCUCGGAGAGGUCAAGCUUUGUGAAAAGAUGGCUCAGUUUGAUGUCAAGAAGUUCUCAGACAUGCAGCCCAAGAGGGAUGCCGCUCCCAAGAAAGAGAAGGCCCCUAAGGAGUCCAAGCCCCAAGAAAAGAAAGAGAAGAAGAAGGAGGAGAAGAAGGCUGCCCCCGCAGUUGAGGAGAUGGAUGAAUGUGAAGCAGCUCUGGCCUCAGAACCCAAAGCCAAGGAUCCCUUUGCACACCUUCCAAAGAGCACAUUUGUCAUGGAUGAAUUUAAGAGAAAGUACUCCAACGAGGACACCCUUUCUGUCGCCGUCCCUUACUUUUGGGAAAACUUUGACCGUGAGGGUUACUCUAUCUGGUAUGGCGAGUACAAGUUCCCAGAAGAGCUCGCCAUGGCUUUUAUGAGCUGCAACCUCAUCACAGGAAUGUUCCAGCGUCUCGACAAGCUCCGCAAGAAUGGUUUUGCCAGCGUGAUCCUUUUCGGCGGCAACAAUGACAGCACCAUCUCCGGCAUCUGGAUCUUCAGAGGACAGGACCUGGCUUUCACUCUGUCUGAAGACUGGCAGAUUGACUACGAGUCUUAUGACUGGCGUAAACUGGAUGUGGACAGCCAGGAGUGCAAGACCAUGGUCAAGGAGUACUUUGCUUGGGAGGGCGAGUUCAAGCACGUAGGAAAGCCUUUCAACCAGGGCAAGGUCUUCAAGUGAGCGGGAUUGACUGGCAUGGCAGAAACAUCCCCCCCCCCCAUCCCUUACAAUCCCUCGAUACGUCAGCCGUUUGUCGGCGCUUAUAACUUGGACAUUCAACCACCAAUGUACUCAGGCUGAACUGGGGAGAUUCAAGUUGGAGUGGCUUGUCUUGGUCACCCAGAAGUGGUUGUUUUUGAGUUGAAAAAUAAAACGUUUUCCACAAUGCCAAUUUCAGAUUUGCUUUUGUUUCAGAACUCCAAUUGGGUAGAUGUUGUUUUGACAUGUUUGUGUGCCUUGAGUUGUAGACCACCAGAAUAAGACAUACCUAUUUCACUUUUACGAAUCUUUAGUUAUGGUAAUUGUUGGGCUUACCUGGAACUGGAGGGACAUGCAUUAAGGAAAGUAAAAUAAAUGGUUGAGAACAUGUAAUGAACAAUAAAUGCAACUGAACAUUG